AUGCAACAACAAUCACAAGAUCAGUGGUUGGACAUGUUUUUGCCAAAACAAAUUUCGGAUUUUUUACAUCAUCACGGGUUUUAUAAUCAUCCAAAGAUAUAUCAUGAUGAAAAAAAAGACAAUUUCCAAGAAUUAAAUUUAGAGCUGAUCCAAUGGUUGGAAUAUUAUUUUGUUGUCUCGUUACAGGCAGAAGCAAUUCGUAAUCGAUUGCAAUCGACAUUAAUUAACUCUCUUGUAGAAAAGGAAAAUUAUUCAGCAAGCCGAAUGAAUUCAAUUCUAAAAGAAUUUGAAAGAGCUAAACUUUUCAUAUAUGACAUGAUCCAACACAAGAAUGAUUUCUAUCAUUCUACGGAAUAUUUAGAGUCUUCCAAUUCUUGUGAAAAGAUUCCACGAAUUAUUAGACUUUGUGAUCAAUUAGAGCUUUCAAACAAAGAAUUUAUGGCAUUUGCCUAUGUUUUAGUUUGCCAGUCGAGCAGUCUUUUAGCAGAAUCUCUCAUUGAUCAUGGCACAAUAGCUUCCAUGAAUUUAUCAGCCAUGACACGUGCUGCGAACAUGAACACAAAAGAAGCUCUCAAAUUUAUUGGUCAAGAUCGACUUCACAUUCAACAAGGGCUUGUUGUUAUUGAUUCAAGUUAUAAGGAUACUAUUUCUUCCUAUUGUGUCAAGAUGCCAACAGAGUGUAUCAAUGCUCUCAUUGGUAUUACCUUAACAGCAGAAGAGUUCUUAAAAAUUGACAAGACCAAAUUAUCUGAAAUUUUGUUGGAAGAGGAAAGCUUUGUAUUGCCAGGUAUAACAACGAAAUGUCCUCCUACGCAGAAAUCAUUACCACUUGAUGAAGAGAUUAAACUGGAUGAACUUGACGAUGAGCUUUUGAAAUUACAAGCUGAAAUAGGUGAUCAGGAGUUUGACGUGUACGAAUUUAUGCAAAAAGAGAAAAAUGUCGACACUGGUACCAUUCCAAUUAAGGAAACUCAUACGUCCAAGAGCGAUGAAGAUUUCCUGGCACCAUACAAUAAUGACAUUGAAUAUCUAGAUGACAGGUUCCAAUAUAUUUGUGCCAAAAUCCGUUUAAGAAAUGCUGAGAUUGAAAAAAUCACAGAAGAGAAUGACGAAACUUACAAAGUCUCUAGAACAAGAAGUCAUGAAAGUGUGAUUCGUGAGCUAAAAAGCAAAUGUCGAUUAUUAUUGGGAAAAUGUGAGAAGAGGAUGAAACAAACAACAAUCAUUCCAAGGUUAGAGAAGCUUGCACAAAUGAGAGGACUUGAUGACUUUGAAAAAUGGGUUCUCAUUAUGUGUACAAGUUCAAUCAUUUGUUUGGAAGUUGUCAUGGCUGCAAAUUCGUCACAUCGUAUGAAUUACACAACGAGCUUUAAUGUUGGUUAUAUUUUAUGGGUGUUAUGUGACGACUUACAAAGUAGAAUUUCUCAUCGAUCCUAUUUUUACAAACAAUCGAAGCUUAUUUCAGACUGCAUGAUACGGCUUUCAGACAAACUGAGUGAUGAUUUGAUGGAAUGUUCUGUAGAUAUUGAUCGAAGAAUGUUGGAUUAUUUGUGUGGUCUUGAUUUAGAAUUUUCACAUGUUGUAGAAGGCUCUCAUUUGUUUUAUCCAAAAAUCAAAUUGGAGAAUGUAGUGCUACCUGACUCACAAAAACAAUUAAUUGUGGAAACAGUGUCAAAUUUUGAAAAAUUCAAAAAGGUCAGAAAACAAUUAGGAUUUGAAGAUAUCAUUACCUAUGGUAAUUCAAUUGUCAUGCUUUUUUAUGGAGCUUCAGGAACUGGAAAAACGUUAACUUCGAACGCACUUGCGAAUUAUAUUGGAAAGAAAAUGUUACUUGUUAAUUUUUCAAACAUGACGGAACAAAAGGGAGACAUUCUCAAGUAUGUUUUUAGAGAAGCCAAGAUCAACGAUGCUCUUUUGUUUUUCGAUGAAUGUGAUCAAUUCUUUGAGUCUCGCAAAAAAUCAAAUUCAGAUGUCACUGCCUUAUUAACAGAAAUUGAGAAAUUUGACGGUCUAAUUAUUUUGGCCACUAAUAGACAAUACGAACUUGAUGAGGCCAUGUACCGAAGAAUUACUCUUGCUGUGGAAUUUAAAUCACCAGACUCAUUGUUAAGAAAACAGAUUUGGAGAAAACAUAUCCCUUCUGGAGCACGACUUGCCAAUGACGUUGAUUUUGAUCAAUUAUCACUUGAUUUUGAGAUUACAGGAGGUCUUAUCAAGAAUGCAAUUAUUACUGCACUCUCGUUUGCAGUUUCAAGAGACUCACAAAAUCCAAUCAUUUGUCACUCUGAUCUUCACAAAGCAUGUCAAUUCCAAUUGAAAGGAUACUUGAAAUUGAAUGACUUUGAACGUAAAAUUAUUCCAAAAAGAGGUCUUUCUGAUUUGAUUAUUUCUGAAAAUUUAAAGAACCAAGUGAAACAAGUGAUAUCCUUCGAGAAAUCGAGAAAAAUUUUGUUCAAUCAAUGGGGAUUUGAGAAUUCUAUUGUUAAAAAGCAAGGAACUACUGUUCUCAUUGUAGGUCCAGCAGGAGUUGGAAAAUCAUUAGCAGCUGAAGUCAUUAGUUAUGAAAUUGGACAACCCAUGAAAGUUAUUGAUAUUAAUGAAUUAAUGACCAAGUAUAGUUUCAACACAACCAAAAAUAUUGAAACUCUUUUUAAGGAAUGUAAGGAAACAGGAGCGUUGUUAGUGUUAGAGUGUGUCUCAGAUUCUGAUUCUCAUGGCUCUCAAUUGGAUAAAUCUGUGAGAAUCAUUUUAAAUCAUUUGGAACAUUUUGAAGGAGCAGUAGUCAUGAUAGCUUCGUCAUUGUCAUCUCUAGACAGCUCACUGAUUCGAAGAUUCAAAUUUGUGCUGGAAUUUUCUCACCCUUCCGCCAAUGAAAGAAAACAAUUAUGGAGAAAUUUAAUACCUCAAAAAGUUCCAAAAUCUAUUUCAGAAACAGAUUUCGAAGAGUUGUCUGAACGAUAUGCAGAAUUCAGUGGAAGUAACAUUGAAAAUUGUAUUUUUAGAGCUUGCUCCAGGGCUGUCAUGGAAAGCUCAAAGGAUGAGAACAAAAUAUUGACUUCACGACUUUUAUUUGAGGCAGCCGAAGAGGAAUUGAAGAAUUGUGGACUGUUCAUGACUCAAUCAACAAAAUCAUCUCUUUAUUUCUAG